UGAAGAUCUGCCAUCCAAGUCCCAACUGGAUUUUGCACGCCUUGGGUUCUUGGUCCAGCCACAGGUCAAAGGUACCCUGGAACUGGUAAACUUCUUAGCAACAACCCUUUUCCUAUUUUCACUGUACCUUUGAGACCACUUCCUGUAAGCAGUCUAGAGCCUUGUCUGGAGUCAUGCCUCUGUCAGGAACACCAGCACCACCCAACAAGAGGAAAAAGCCCUCCAAGAUCAUCACUGACCUCUCACACAUAACCCAAGAUGAGUAUGAAUCAGAGCCUGAGGCCUCAGAGUUUGACCUGGGGAAAAAGAUCAGGGCACCCAGGGAUAUCAUGCUGGAGGAACUAUCCCUUAUGAAAAACAAAGGCUCCAAGAUGUUCAAGAUGAGGCAGCUUCGUGUGGAGAAGUUCAUCUACGAGAACAACCCUGACCUCUUCAGUAGUGAGUCCAUGGACAACCUCCAGAAGUUCGUGCCCAGCCUGGGGGGCCAGAUGAUGGAUGUUGGUGGGCGCCUGAUUGGUGGACAUAUGGCUGGCCAGGCUGGUGGGGCCGGUUAUGCACCAGUGCCUCCUCCUAAACCCGGAAGCUAUGGAAAGGGAUUAGGAGGUGGGCUGCAAGCAGGUGGGCUUGCUGGAGAUGCUGGUGGUGCUGGAGGUGCUGGAGUGGCAGGAGGAGCAGGGGAAAAGGAUGGUGUGUCAGGAGAUGCCUCACAGAGUGAGGAAAGUUCUAAGGCUGCUCUGGAAAAGGCAAAGAAGAGGGCCGCAUAUGUGAAGACAUAUGUUUCCCCCUGGGAGCGGGCUAUGAAGGGCAAUGAAGAACUUAUAGCAACAAUGAAGACUCAAAUGCCUGGACCCAGCUCUCAAAAGGAGCUGUGCAAAUAUAAGUGCUUCAACAGGAGCGCUAUGCCUUUUGGAGGUUUUGAGAAGGCCUCUCAGCUGAUGACCUUCCAGCUGCCAGACAUUGAGGUGGCCGCUGAGGAGCCUGAACCUGCAGUGGUAUACCACCAUGACAUCGGCUCACGACCCUCCUUUAACCGCACACCCAUCGGCUGGGGGGGUAGCGCUGAACCAGGCAGCAUUCACAUGGAGUUGGAUACUAUACCAUUUGAUGGGGAGACUGAUGACCUGUGAAUCUACGACCCUAAAAAGAAAACAAAAAAAACCCGAAUGAAUGCCUGUCCUAAUUACCCUGCACUCUAAAAACAGACAACACAUACCUAUGCACACAGUCACAAUGCACCAAAGCACCAGGAGGACAUCAAGAGUAUGUUAAUGGGAAAACCUCUCUCACUGUACUCUCAAUGUGAGCUUUAAACAAAGAAAUACAUAUUUGUGGAGAAAUUUUAUGCAUGAAGCAUAUCAACGUAAAUGAAGUUGUUAGGUGGAGACCGAAGUUUUGAUUCAUUUGUUAUUUUGUCGGCAUGUUGCACUUUAGAAGUGAACAAAUGAGCAUAAAGUGCCUUGGGCAACGAUGUCCGGUUAGCAUUGAGCAGUGAUGGACUGCUUGGCACGUGCUUCUUUUUUCUGUCACUUAGAUAACGGUACACAGCUUUGACUGCAUAAAUUGCGACCUCGCUUAAAAUAAGCUAACGUCCCACUUUACCAUUUCAUUAGUGUCAUUUACAUGAGUAAAUACUGAUCAUCAAGUAGUUAUGGUUAUAAUAAUGUUGUGUGGAACAUCUUACACAGUAUUGUUGUCUCUGCUGUAGUAGAUUAGUAUUAUUACAUGUAAUACGAGCGCUUUAUGCAUAUUAUUAUACCACUCAUAUCACAAACAUUAAUCCAAAAACUCUAAACUGCUGUCUUCACAACACUACAUGCCCAUUCUUUAAUAAAAGAUCGAUUGCUUAUA